ACGGUGCAAAAUAUUCGACAGUGUUGCAUCCUGGGAAACCGGAUUUGCCAAAGAAUUGGAUCCUGGGAUUGGAAUCUGAAUGGGCAGAAAUCUACUUAUCAUGCACUUUACCCUAGGGCCUGGACUGUUUAUGAUGAACCUGACCCGGAUCUCAAGAUAAUGUGCCGUCAGAUUUCUCCAAUUAUUCCACACAAUUAUCAACAGAGCAGUUAUCCUGUUGCAGUAUUCACUUUCGCAGUAACUAAUUCAGGAACCACAGCUGCUGAUGUGACUUUGCUUUUUACAUGGGCUAACUCUGUUGGUGGAAAAUCUGAACUCACAGGAUACCAUUCUAAUUCUAGUAUGACAGAAAAGGAUGGCGUGCAUGGUGUACUGUUACACCACAGAACAGCUGAUGGACUGCCACCAGUAACUUUCGCCAUAGCUGCACAAGAGAAAGAGGGUGUUCAUAUCUCUGAAUGCCCUUACUUUAUGAUGUCCGGUAGCUCUGAUGAAUUCACAGCAAAAGAUAUGUGGAACUCAGUGAAAGAGCAUGGAUCUUUUGAUCUGCUUGAUCCUGUCAAUUCAUCAACGUCCUCCAAACCAGGAACAUCAAUAGGAGCAGCUAUUGCAGCUUCAGUUAAGCUUGCUCCUCAGGCAACCCAGAAUGUUUCAUUUUCACUUGCAUGGGCUUCCCCUGAAGUAAAGUUCUGCAGUGGAAAAACCUACCAUAGGCGUUAUACAAAAUUCUAUGGCACAGAUGUUGAUGCAGCUGCAAGCCUUGCCCGUGAUGCCAUUCUUAAUCAUAGUUCCUGGGAGAUGCAAAUUGAGGAUUGGCAGCAUCCUAUUUUGCAAGACAAGAGGUUUCCUGAAUGGUAUCCAGUCACACUAUUCAAUGAACUUUAUUAUCUUAAUGCCGGAGGAACUAUAUGGACAGAUGGAUUACCACCAAUUCAAAGUUUAACAGCAAUUGGAGGGAAAAAGUUCUCCCUUGACAUGUCAAAUGGAGAAACAGAUGAUGACAAUGAGAUGAACCCACAGACUAAUACUGCCACUGACAUUCUUCAUCAAAUGGCAUCAGUACUUGAGAGAAUUCAUGCAUCUCUUGCAUCAAAUUCUGCUAUAGGAACAACUUUGCUUCAGGGUGAAGAGAACAUUGGCCAAUUUCUCUACCUUGAGGGAAUUGAAUACUAUAUGUGGAACACAUAUGAUGUUCAUUUCUAUUCAUCUUUUUCACUUAUCAUGCUAUUUCCAAAACUUCAACUCAGCGUUCAGAGAGACUUCGCUGCAGCUGUCAUGAUGCACGACCCUGAAAAGCUCAAGCUCUUACAUGAUGGAAAAUUGGCGGCAAGAAAAGUUCUUGGAGCUGUUCCUCACGAUCUUGGUCUAUAUGACCCUUGGUUCAAAGUGAACGCAUACACACUCCAUAACACAGACCGUUGGAAGGACUUGAACCCAAAGUUUGUAUUGCAAGUUUACAGAGAUGUUGUGGCCACAGGCGAUAAAUCCUUCGCCCGAGCUGUUUGGCCAUCUGUUUAUAUGGCGAUGGCAUAUAUGGAACAAUUUGAUAAAGAUAAAGAUGGAAUGAUUGAAAAUGAGGACUUCCCAGAUCAAACUUAUGAUGUUUGGUCCAUGGCUGGUGUAAGCGCAUACUGUGGUGGUCUUUGGGUGGCUGCUCUUCAGGCUGCGUCGGCCUUGGCACACGAAGUUGGUGACAAAGCUUCUGAAAAGCUUUUCUGGAACAAGUAUGAGAAGGCUAAAUCUGUUUAUGACAAGCUGUGGAAUGGUUCUUACUUCAAUUAUGAUGAUGCUGGCACUAAAGCUAGUACCUCCAUUCACGCUGAUCAGUUGGCUGGACAAUGGUAUGCCAAAGCCUGCGGCCUCUCCUCAAUUGUUGACAAGGACAAAUCACAAAGUGCACUUGAAAAGAUAUAUACUUUCAACGUAAUGAAGUUCAAGGAUGGUAACAGGGGAGCAAUCAAUGGGAUGUGGCCAGAUGGUACAUUGGACAUGUCCACAAUGCAAUCUAGGGAGAUAUGGCCAGGCGUGACAUACGCGCUUGCUGCAUCUAUGAUUCAAGAAGGCAUGGUUGAGGAGGGUUUCAAAACAGCUGAAGGAGUCUAUCAUGCUGCCUGGUCUUCAGAAGGACUUGGAUACGCAUUCCAAACUCCUGAAUCUUGGAACAAUGACGAUGAGUACCGGUCCUUGUGCUACAUGCGCCCACUCGCCAUAUGGGCGAUACAGUGGGCACUCUCAAAUCCAAAGCUCCACAAGGAGCCUCCGACAGACAUAACACAAGAUUCUUUUCCGAAGAACCAGUUCUCAUAUGCACGAAUAGCGAAGCUCCUGCAGUUACCUGAAGAUGAAUCGUCCAAGAGCGUCCCUCGGGUUAUCUAUGAGAUAGUCCGGAACAGGUUUACUUCAUGAUAUAUGGGCCGCGACAUGCCUGAAUGUUGAAUGCACUAUUGGAGCAACAUUGUUCAAUUUGAUUGUUGAUUGCGGAAACAUGUUAUUGGUUAGCACACAUUAGUAUGGAGUUAAUGCUAAUAAAAGAUGAGGUCCAUGUAUGUAGUCCAGUAGAAAAUAGUAUGUCACGUUGUUCUUCGGAGCGAUCUUGUACGGUUGUGCUUCUUGAGUACAACAAAAGGGGGGAAUCAUUUCUUAAGAGCUGAGAAAUAUUUACAAUGGUUUCCUGUCGA